GAUUUCUAAAUUGGUUGUCGCAUUUCUUAAUAUACAUACGAUUCUAUCGCACAAGUCUAACCACAGCUUUGGCCAUUUUGAGAUUUCCAUCUCUCACUAAAGUUUCACAUUUUCUAAUGGACGUCAACCAAACCGUCACCGUGCUGGAGAAAAUUCCGGUCGCACCCCCGCCGGAAGCGAAUGCCGGAAUCUCUCUUCCUUUCACGUUUCUUGAUGUGUUUUGGUUGCACCUCGACCCAGUUCACCGCCUCAUCUUCUAUCGACACCCCAUCUCAAGAACCCACUUCCUAGAUACCCUGAUUCCGACCAUCAAACAUUCAUUAUCCCUUACCCUUCAACACUACAGUCCCCUGGCAGGUGUAGUGGUUGUUUCACCGGACAAAUCAAGCCUGCCGGAAAUUCGUUACGCCGACGGCGACACCGUGCCGUUGGUCUUUGCGGAGUCUAACUCCGGCGAGGCUCAUUUCAAUCAUCUCACAUCGAACUAUGGAAGAAGUUGCUCCGAAUUUCAUCCUCUUGUUCCGAGCUUACCGCCGGCUUCCCGUGAACCAGACGGCUCAAUCAGAGUCCCCGUGCUUGGAUUACAAGUGACGUUAUUUCCCGACGUCGGGAUUUGCAUCGGCGUAACUAACCACCACGCAAUCGGUGACGGUAGUACCAUCUUUGCGUUCAUGAAAGCUUGGGCUUUCUUUUCCAGUCGCGAGAACACAUCCCCUGUUUCUUUACCACAAGAAUUCCGACCAUUUUUCGACCGGACAGUGAUACAAGAUCGGAAAGGACUAGGAACACAUAUCUGGAACCACAUGAAAAACAUCAAGAUUGAGGACAAACACGUUCAUCGCCUUCCAUCAAUCACCGACAAGGUCCGGGCGACGUUUGCAGUGACGCGAGACGACAUCCAAAGGCUCAAGACCCACGUCAUUUCCCGACGACCCGAUCUCGAACACGUCUCGUCAUUUACCAUGAUUACUUCGUACGUUUGGAAUUGCUUAGUCAAAUCGCGAAUCCAGACAAGCACAGAUAAUAACGAGGACGAGGACGGAGACGGGGACGGGGACGGGGACGAUUAUUUUACCUGUCCGGCCGAUUACCGGGCACGUUUCGACCCACCGGUCCCCAGAAACUACUUCGGCAACUGCAUUCUGGGUUUUGUCGGGAAGACGAAGAGGAAGCAACUCGUCGGAGAAGAAGGGUUCGCAGAGGCGGCUGUGGUGAUCGGAGAAAGUAUUCACAGCCAACUGGACACUAAUAAAGAUGAUGUUGAUGAUGAUAAGUGGGCAGAAUUAUCCAAAAUUAAUCCUGACCGAGCUUUGAGCGUUGCUAGCUCGCCGAGAUUUGAUUAUUAUCAACUUGACUUUGGAUGGGGAAAGCCUAAAAAAUUUGAAGUUCCUUCCAUUGAUCUAACUGGAGCAAUGUCUCUUAGUACCGCCAAGGACUAUGAAGGUGGCCUGGAAGUUGGUUUGUCGCUUCCCAUCUCCCAAAUCAACACUUUUAGUAGAGUUUUUACCCAAGGUUUAAGGGCUAUAUAAUUUUUUUU